AUGAAUAAGUUAACGUUUGGAUUAAAAAAUAAUAUUUUAAUUAAAAGAUUUUUUUCUAAUUAUUAUUCUCCUAAUAUUAAAAGAAAUGUUCCUGAAUAUAUAGAUUUCGAAACAUUUUUCCCAAAAAAAGAUAUAAAACCUGAUGUUUUAUCAGCAUUUACAAUAGCAAAGCAACAGAGAUUAGAAAAACUUUUAGAAAAUAAUCCAUUAGUGUUAUAUAAAGGAAGAGUAAUAAAAAAUUUAUCAUGUCAUAAAAUUAAAAAUUCAGGGAGAAAUAAUGUAGGAAAAAUUACUACUCGUCAUAGAGGUGGAGGUCAUGUACAAAGGUUGAGAUUUAUAGAUUUCAAAAGAUCAAGAAAAGAUAUUUAUAGUACUGUUCUAAGAAUAGAAUAUGACCCUUCUAGAAGUGCACACAUUGCUUUAAUUCAAUAUGAGGAUGGUGUGUUAUCAUAUAUUUUAGCACCUCUUUUAUUAAGACCAGGAGAUAAAGUUAUAGCUAGUAAGUAUGCAAAUAUAAAUCCAGGAAAUUGCUUACCUUUAAAAAAUAUUCCUGUUGGAAGUAUAAUUCACAAUAUUGAAUUGAGACCUGGGGCAGGGGGCCAAUUCAUAAGAGCAGCAGGAACCUAUGCAACAAUAUUAAGUAAAGAUAGUCAAUAUGCAACUAUUAAAUUAAAAUCUACAGAAAUUCGGAAAUUUCCUUUAGAAUGUUGGGCUACUAUAGGGCAAGUUUCCAAUUUACAAAGGCAUAUGAGAAUUUUGGGAAAAGCAGGGGUUAACAGAUGGUUAGGUAAAAGACCAGUCGUUAGAGGAGUAGCUAUGAAUCCUUCAAAACAUCCUCAUGGAGGAGGAACUAGUAAAAAACACACGAAAAGACCGAAAUGCUCUCUUUGGGGAAAAUGUAGAGAUGGAUUUAAAACGAGAAGCAAAAAAAAACCACUUGGAUUAAUUAUUAGAAGAAAUAUAUGUGGUCGUUUACAAAAAAAGUAUGGUGUUACUGCAUAA